UCCUGCUUUUGUCUGACUUGACGGUGUCAGUGUGAACCAGGCGAGCUGCGGACCGCCGGGCUGACCUGACGACGGAUUUAACGGGAGACGUCGUGUGCCGUUACCUCAGCACGGUUUAUAUUAAAUACCGACAUCACCAUUUAGCUCUAGCUUUAGCCUUCUGGGGCUAAAAUAAAGAUUCAUCCUGGAAGCACCCGGAGAACCGCGGAUAUCGACGCGGCAGGGAUGCUUCGUGACCCGCGGCAGGUGUGAAGAGAUGCCGGGAGAGACGCCGGCGGGCACCGGCCGGGUGGUGCUGGUGAAGAAGAUCGUCAUGAAGGACGGAGCUGCGCUCCAGCAGGGCAUCGGCAGGCCCAGCGUGUAUCAUGCGGUGGUGGUGAUCUUCCUGGAGUUUUUCGCCUGGGGAUUACUCACCACGCCCAUGCUCACGGUUUUACAUGAAACAUUUCCGCAGCACACCUUCCUGAUGAACGGACUCAUCCAGGGCGUGAAGGGUCUGCUGUCGUUCAUGUCCGCUCCUCUGAUUGGUGCGCUGUCGGACGUGUGGGGGAGGCGGUCCUUCCUGUUGGUCACUGUCUUCUUCACCUGUGCACCGAUCCCGCUGAUGAGGCUCAGCCCAUGGUGGUACUUUGCCAUGAUCUCCAUGUCCGGAGCUUUCUCCGUCACCUUCUCGGUCAUCUUCGCCUACGUCGCUGAUGUGACGGAUGAAAGAGAGAGGAGUACAGCGUACGGUCUGGUGUCGGCUACUUUCGCAGCGAGCCUGGUGACGAGCCCAGCCAUUGGGGCGUACCUGUCUGCCUGGUACGGAGACAACCUGGUGGUUCUGCUGGCUACGCUGAUCGCUCUGGCUGACAUCUGCUUCAUCCUGCUGGCCGUGCCCGAGUCUCUGCCGGAUAAGAUGAGGCUCAACACUUGGGGGGCGCCCAUAUCCUGGGAGCAAGCCGACCCCUUUGCUUCUCUGAGGAAGGUGGGUCAGGACCCGACAGUCUUACUGAUCUGCAUCACCGUGUUCCUGUCUUACCUGCCGGAGGCCGGACAGUACUCCAGCUUCUUCCUCUACCUGAGACAGGUCAUUAACUUCUCCUCCACAACCAUUGCUGUUUUUAUCGGAGUUGUGGGCAUUCUGUCUAUCGUGGCACAGACUCUCUUCCUCACUCUGCUGAUGAGGACUCUGGGUAAUAAAAACACUGUUCUGCUGGGUCUGGGCUUCCAGAUCCUUCAGCUGGCCUGGUACGGCUUCGGAUCAGAGCCAUGGAUGAUGUGGGCGGCCGGUGCUGUAGCAGCGAUGUCCUCCAUCACCUUCCCAGCUGUCUCUGCUCUGGUGUCACAGUCUGCUGAUCCUGAUAAACAAGGUGUGGUUCAGGGGAUGAUAACAGGGAUCAGAGGUCUGUGUAAUGGUCUGGGUCCAGCUCUGUACGGGUUUAUCUUCUUCCUCUUCAACGUCGAGCUCAACACCAUGGACCCCAUCCAGGGAGACUUCAACAUUGACCCCCUGCCUAUGCACAGUCCCACUGAGCGAGCACUCAUCCCCGGCCCGCCCUUCCUGUUAGGGGCAUGCACUGUGGUCGUUGCCUUCCUCGUUGCUCUCUUUAUCCCUGAGAAACCCUCCUGCUCCUCCUCUUCCUCCCACCUGUCACUCAGUGACAAGCCCCACCAGGACAGCAAAGACUCCAUGUCCUCACUGGCUGGCGUCCACAUCAACACGCCACUCCCCGGCAGUGACGAGGACACUCCUCCCACCGCCAGCGACGAGGACUUUGAGCCGCUGCUGCAGGACAGUAUAGUUUGACGGACAGGUCGAGGGACCGCAGAGGAUGGGGCUUACAUCGUGGUUUGUUUGAUUGACGUUUUGUAACAAAGACAAAGAAGCAGUCACAUUUUCUUUGCCAUGGGACGAAGUGUACUUUUGUUGUCAGAAGAUUGCCACUCACGGUGAGAAGCUCCGACAGCGUUGUUUCUGACAGCGCUUGCAUUUUACUUCACUUAUCAGGAGUGGAGGCCGUGACAUUUUCUGAGCGACUAAUAUGGAUGUUUCUUUCACGAGGAGGCGGAGCUGCAAAUAAGAUGUCAUUGUUUGAUUUGUUCGUCUUUGGAGAAGCAAAGACGACUUUUGACAGAGGGAAACAUGGCGGGGAGAACAACUUUAAAUGGAAUCCAUCGUUUGAUUGACAAGAGGAGGGACCAACUGCGUUUUCUUAGGGAAUGGGCGUGCCCAGUUUUGGGAUACGCCCACAUAAAAAUCCCCUGAAGUGAGAGAGUGCAACAAGGGUUUGAUUUGAAGGAUUAUUAUUCAUCUUUAAGCUUGAAGUUGUUGAUUGUUUUUUGUGAUAAACAAGAAAAAUGUGUUUUUAUCUUCAGCUGUAUCAUUUUUGAAGCCGUAUUUUUAAUGAUGUGAUCAUUUAUUAUUGGUUAUUGUACAAAAGAAAUGUGUCUGCAACAUAUUUACAACAUCAGUGUUGAUUCAUACUCCUUUUCUGUUGUUGUUGCAGAAGAGCAAUUUUUGUUACAGUUUUUCUUGUUUGUUUGGCGGAGUUCAUGGAUGUGUACAGUAUCUCAACCUGCUACGAGCUAUCGAUCGCUAACGUGGUACAAAUGUGACGAUUUUCAGCCACCGAAAAUCAGUCAAAAUAUCAAUUUUAAUACUUAUUUUCCUCUCACGCUCAUUUUAAUUUCGAUCAUCCAGAACAAGAAAGAGCCAAAUGGUUUAAGCAGUACAUUGCAACAGGCCCAUAUAUAUAUAUUUUAUGAAAGAAAAGAAUCCUGAAUGAUUCUUAAGGUGGACAGUUUUUAAGAUUUAAUUUUCACCAGUCAGUGUCCCUGUUUGUCACUCUACCUCAGAUCAGUGUGUUUUGGAAUCACACUCAACCUGAAUUUGUUCAUCUUCUAUCACACGUCUUUUAUUUUUUUAUAUUAAAGUCAAAGUCACUUUAUGAAAGUGCUGCUUGCUGCUGGCAGAGGAAAAAAAACUCUGAGCUACAACUGGUUUAGCUUGUUAGCAGCAAAAAAAGGGUUUGAAGCAUGCUGUUUAUGGUUUUAAUAUUACUUAAGUAGAUGCUAGAAUAAAAAUAGGUCCUUAGAUUUAGUAUGUCCCACAAUAAUUGCUGCUGGAACACAUUUUCCUUACAUUUUAUUGCAUUAUGACCAGUAUUGAUAUGUACAGUAUAAGCAUUGAUUCUUAUUGAACAGGAGGUGGCGGUGUCUUACAUUUUUAAUGCUAAUAUUUAAGCUCUAGGUCAUUAAAUGACACCAAAUUUGAUAUGCACAUCCUGUAUGUGCUCCUGAUGACACAGUGUUGCUCUUAUCACACAGGUAUAUUGUUUAAAUGCCACCACCAAACACGACUCACACGACCUUUACCUUCAGUAUUAGAAGACCAAACUUUGAGAAAACCUGACACAUUUUUUAACACGUAUACGUAACAUUACUGGAGUUUCCUAAGGUGUCAUGAUGCCAUCCGGUGCCUCCUCCAGAAUGUCGGUUUAGAAACACCACUAGCAUCGCGACGAACAUGAAGUUGCCCAUGGUCGGCGUGCCUUCCAUUCCAAGCUGCGCUGGUUGCUUGGAUCCAAGUAUACCUCCUAGAUUUUACGUCACGUGUGAGAACAUGUGGUCACGUGUGUGCUAAAGGUUCACUGAAUGAUUUUAAACACAAACACGGAGGUCAUUUUUCAAACUAACUUGUUGCAGAUAUGAGUUUUUUUCCCCUGACAGCAGUGAUUUUCCUGUGAAUGAACUUAUACUUGAAGAGCUUUAGAGGAAAUUUAGGAACAAAUGCUGAAGAGUUUAACAGUAUAUAACUGGCACAGAGUGUAUAUAGUUAUUUGCUUUAUGACCUUAAAAUGUAAAUGUACAUGUGAAUGAUAUUAUGGUUUGUAUAUAAUGUAAGUGAAGUGUGGGAUUGGCUUGUUUAUUGUGCUUGGUAUGAAGGUUUUCCUUCACUUUUCUUCAGUCCUGUGUUGUUCAGUGGCACUAACAGUCUGGGUUGGGGGUUUAGUCCCCCCCCCCCCUCCUGUGCAGACCAUCAAUCAUUCUGCUUCAGUUUUUCCAUGUUCAUUUAGAUUAGGCUGUGAAAUAAUGUCAGGUAGUAGGCGGUAGUGUUUCCUAUGUCUGAAAUAAGCCAACACAUAGUACACUUAACCCACACUUGAGGCUCACCUGGUACUGAGAGCUCAGUGUAUCCCACAAUUUACAGCAGUUCUACUGCUCCACACCAGCCACUAUCCAAACCCAGCACCCCAGUCUGGAACGAGAUGAUAUAA